UCCUUGGAAUGAGUGAGAGUGGUGUUGAUGGAGUGGCGGCCUCUGGCGGCUCGCGCUGUUGUUGUUGUUUGAACGCAGAGGAAAAUGGCGUCCGGCGUGAGGCAGGAGCUCGCGCAGCUGAUGAACUCUAGCGGGUCUCACAAAGAUCUGGCUGGGAAAUAUCGUCAAAUACUAGAAAAGGCUCUUCAGUUUAUUGAUGCAGAACAACUUGAGGCACUGAAAGCAUUUGUUGAAGCGAUGGUCAAUGAGAACGUUAGCCUGGUCAUAUCCAGACAGCUGUUGACAGACUUUUGCGCGCACCUUCCAAACCUACCAGACGGCACUGCGAAAGCCGUGUGUCACUUCACCCUGGAGAAGAUCCAGCCCAGAGUCAUCUCAUUUGAAGAACAGGUGGCUUCGAUCAGACAGCAUCUAGCCACAAUCUAUGAGAAAGAGGAGGACUGGAGGAACGCCGCACAGGUUCUUGUGGGAAUCCCGCUGGAGACGGGUCAGAAACAGUACAAUGUGGACUAUAAAUUGGACACUUACCUCAAAAUCGCUCGACUGUAUUUGGAGGAUGACGACCCAGUUCAGGCUGAGGCCUACAUCAACCGAGCAUCUUUACUUCAGAAUGAAUCCACCAAUGAACAGCUGCAGAUUCACUACAAGGUAUGUUACGCCAGAGUUCUGGACUAUCGGAGGAAGUUUAUUGAAGCAGCUCAGCGCUACAAUGAGCUUUCUUACAAAUCCAUCGUCCAUGAGACGGAGCGUCUGGAGGCCCUGAAGCAUGCGCUUCACUGCACUAUACUGGCCUCUGCAGGUCAACAGCGCUCUCGUAUGUUGGCUACGCUCUUCAAGGAUGAACGCUGUCAGCAACUCUCCGCCUACGGCAUCCUGGAAAAAAUGUACCUGGAUCGAAUCAUUCGGGGAAACCAGCUGCAAGAGUUUGCUGCCAUGUUGAUGCCACAUCAGAAAGCCACCACAGCCGACGGUUCAAGCAUCCUAGACCGAGCAGUCAUUGAGCACAACCUGCUGUCUGCUAGCAAACUCUACAAUAACAUCACGUUUGAAGAGCUAGGAGCUCUUCUGGAGAUUCCUCCUGCAAAGGCAGAAAAGAUAGCGUCACAAAUGAUUACUGAAGGUCGCAUGAAUGGAUUCAUUGACCAGAUAGAUGGCAUUGUCCAUUUUGAAACGCGAGAGCCAUUGCCCACCUGGGACAAGCAGAUUCAGUCACUGUGCUUUCAGGUGAACAACCUCCUGGAGAAGAUCAGUCAGGCAGCACCGGAGUGGACGGCACAAGCCAUCGAGGCCCAGAUGACUCAAUAAACUCUUCUGAACACUUUGCUUUCUCUUUUCUCAUUGGUCAAAACGGAAAAGACUCCCAUUGAACUUAAUUCAACCCAGCACAUAUAUAUUAAUGUUCUGUUAAACUUGACCUUUUGGCUUGUGAAGGUAACAUUUUUCAUAGUUAUGGUCUGUGAGUAUCCGAUGCUGAAUAAACGCCGUGAAAAUUU